UACAGAACUGCCGACGAGUUACUAGUUGCUCUAUCUGAUCUCUCGAUCGGUAUCAGAUCUCCCAGGAAAGGUGCAGAGCCAUGACUCUUCUCGCCACGGUUGGUCAGCCUCAUCCUCCGUCGAAGGUGAUCUCCCGCCGCGAGCACUCCAACCGGGGGCACCAGCUGAUCCGGGAGCCGACGGGCCAGUUCAAGUUCCAGUGCAACGGCUGCCUCGAGGAAGUCAGGGGGUGCGACAGGGACACGUGCAAGCGCUGCGACUUCGACCUCCACCAGGCCUGCAACCUCCAAGAAGGGACCACGCUGGAGCACGGGCUGCUGCCCGAGAGCAGGUUCGUGCUCCGCCUCGAGGCCCCCCCUUCCAAGCAGCGAUGCAGCGCCUGCGGCACCCACACGCAGGGCACCCACUACCACUGCGAAGGGACGGGCCAUUACCUCCACCCGUGCUGCGCGAUGCUGCCUAUGGAGAUCAAGCUGAGUGAUGAGCUCAGGUUCGAGCUCCGCGAGGAGGUGUCUCACUGCUGCACCAAGUGCAAGAAAGGAGGCGGCGUCAGGGACUACUGGUUCUACCGCUCCACCUCCAAGAAAGUGUACCUGCAUGUCGGCUGCGCGAGAGAGGUUCUUCUGCCGAGCUCAAGUAGUACUACCGACAAGGAGACUGCGUUACGGAAGCACGGGUCGGGGAAGGCCGGGAGGAACCCCGACCCCUUCUUCGAGAUCGUUAAGGCCCUGGCGAGCAUCAUCAUCGCCGUACUCACUGGAAAUCCGGUGGCGUUAAUUCCUGCACUGAUCGAUCUGGGCUCCAACGUCAUCAAAUCGUUGAAAAACAGGUAGCUGUAUCCUUGCCCAUCCUACGCACGUACGCACAACUUGUUGGUGACAGGCUGCAUGGUGAUAUAUGUACGUACGUAACAUCCUACUAUUUGUACGAUAUAUAUAGUCCCCGCCUGCAUUGUGUAUUUGUGAUCGCUACAGUCCAUUUCUCAUUUCUCUUCCAUGUCGAAUAGUGUCAACACGUUAUUAUAUGUAAGUGUAGAUGUGUGUAAUGAAUAAAUAUUCUGAUGAUAUGUAAU